AUGAUCGGACUAUUAUGGCCUUUCCUUCUCUUGGCCAUCCAUGCUUCGGGCUCGGACCUCGGCUUCUCGGUGGGUUCGAAUGCCGCCUCUCAGCUGGCACAGCAUGCUGUUCACUCGGUACUACAACAACCUCGGAAGCUGCAGAUCGAGAUGAGGAACUCGGCCAAUCCCUGGUUCGAACCCAUCGCUCAUCUGAAUACGAACGCUCGAGUGCUGGUAGACGACAUCAAGAUACGAUUCCACAGUAGCAUGGUGGACCUGAAGAUGCACAACUUGAGUAUGAAGAGUCAUACUGAAGUCGUGGUACUGCCCUUGCCCUUCUUCUUGGGGGAGGAUGUCGCUCAUGUGUCGGCACAGGUAAGGAGUGCCAUUCUUAGUACUUAUGACACUUUUGGGCAUAUUAUCGGUGAAAAUUAUUAUCCUUUUGUUUAAUGUUAUGUUACUCUCCUAUUUUAUUUUUAAUACCUUGUAGGUCCCUCUAACCGACCUCCAAUUCAAAGUGCACGAUAUGAGUGUAGCCAUGGAGUUCUGUCAAGUGGAGGAAGUGAAUCUGGACGUCUUCAUGGAGCGCGGCUACUUCUUGAAUUGGGUUCUUAAGCCCGUGACUGGACUGAUUCCAGCGUCGCUGCUCCGCGACUACGUCUGUACAACAUUGUCGGAUCACCUCGGACAGUUGCGCAACCGGUUCGCCGUGUAAGUACAUCUUGUUAGUCUUGAUUCUGAUGACACGAGGGCUAGUUAGCUUCUAUUCCGUUAAUUUAAAGUCACAUUGGCUUGACUUCUGGCGAUAUCAAGGCUAGUUAGAGUUUGUUAAUUCGUUUUUUAAGGUGGUCCGCUUUAAAGGCUAGUUAGGGUUGACUUGCGACGAGUAGGGGGAUGAUUAAGUUAGUACCAAACAGAAUUAAGGGCCAUUAUGUUAAGUUUAAGCCCUUUAAAGGCUUUUUCUUUGAUUAGUCAGUGUUAGAGAAUGUAGUAAUAUCUCUAUCAGAAGAUCUCGAUGUGUCAUCCUAGAAACAACAUUACAAUGCAUUUUGUGAUCGACAAGAAUUGAUCUUUCAACCUGCAUUCUUUAAUCAACCGUUUUAAAUUAUGAAACGAAAAGUUAUGUUGUUGGACCUACUAUAAGGUUGUAACAGAAUCUUUAAAAGUUGAAAAACUUUACUUGUGUCACUUUCAGCGAGUUCCCUCUGAUCUCUCUCGUACCUCCCAAGUUCCAACAAUACCUCCACUCCAAGAACACCACCCUCAGGAUCCACCUGAUCUCUAUCGAAGCCGACAAAGAACAAUUGACAUUGUCAGCUGGAGUGGACUGGGCCGAAGCUUCGAUGCCAGAAGACAUCCAAACCUCACAAACAACCAAGAAUCCGAAUCAAAAACAAGACAGUGCCGAGGAUUCAGAAGAGGACACUCAGCUUCUGAAGGCUCUGACGAUCACGGACAGCGAGAACGACGCUGUCGAUCGAAAUCUGCAGUUGUGGGUACAGGAUCGACUGGUCAACGAGGUCAUGGAGAAGUUCGACUGGGACUUUGAGUGGAUGAACGAAGAUAUCGCGGUCAAUAGCGACAAACUGCCACGAUCCACCAGAGACUUCUUGGCCGUUCUGUGCCCAACGUGCUUCUUCGAGCUACGAGUCAAUGCUAACGGAGUACCACACGUCCAGAGCUCCAACAGUUCUAUGAUCCUCAAAAAGUAAGUCUAAAUGUCACAAAUCGUUUGACAACUGAUGGAUAACUUAAUAUACUACACUCGAUAACCAGUGAACAAGCAGUUAGUGCCUUUUCGAUUUAUGUUUUAUGAACCUUACUGUAACAUUGCCAUUUCAGAAGUGACCGUAUCUUCAUCAAGGUCGUCAACCCCACCACCAACACGGACUCCGUCUUCGUAUCUCUUUACCUGACUCUGACGAUCCAGCUGAUGCCAGAAGUGAACGACGGUAUCUUCAGAACGCAGGUGAAUCUGCUAUCUACUGACAUCAGAAUGGAAGAAGGUGCCUUCCCUUCAGCAUGGAAUGAGUUCGUCCAAGAUCUUGUGAAGGGUAUGAUCAUGGAUGUCAUCUGGCCUGGCCUGAAGACGGAAAUCGAAGCCCUGAUUUACUCCGACGGUCUCAAGAUACCAUCCAACUGUGGCCUCGAGCCAACCUCCAUGAAGUUGAUCUUCGACGACGGUAAACUGGGAAUCUCGUCGAGGCUGCUGCUGGACGAGUUAUACCUGAAAGAGUGUCUGAAGCAGGUGAAGAGCAAGCUCCCCGACCCGUCGAAGCUACUAGUCAUUAAGGAUAUGUAA